AUGCCCAACCCACCGAAGACCACCGAUGAGAUCGUCUCCCACUUGUUCUCCCGAUCUACUCCUCCACCACUGGAACCCGGUACCAAAGUGUAUGCACCCGAGUUGACAAAGAGCAUAGCUGGACUGAAAGAGCAUAUGUAUGUGAUCGCAGCUCUACAUCUAGCGAAUGACGAUAUACAUCACUGCCAUCUCAUAGCGCAGGACAACGAGGGCGAUCCAACCGCCAACAUGUUGCAUGCGACACUACAUCGGAGGGAGGGUGAUUAUUGGAAUUCGAAAUACUGGUGGUCCAACGUCCGAUCCCACCCCUUGAUCCCUUCCACUUCCGACGCCAAAUCAUUCGUGGACUCGUGUGAAGCCGUCCGAAAGAAUAAAGGUGAUGAUACGGAAUUGAGGCAGAGACAGUGGGACGAGUUGAAGAAGAUUGUGGGAUGGACCAGGGAGAAUUACAAGGCCUAG